AUGGCCCAGAAGGUCUAUGGGACUUGCAUACCUGCACUGGAGGAAUGGGUCACCAACCACGCUGUUAACACCAAAAUCAAUCCUGAGGCUGGCAUCGACACUGAAAACCAAAUGUCGAGCGUCCGCUCAGCGCGAGUCAUUCUUGUCGAAUCCCUGGGCUCAACGUGGAUUACACAGGUUCGAAAGGCAAAGAACCUCUACAUCACCCAUCUGCAAACCGAGGCGUCGUACUACGAACCCGGUACUCCUGCUUCAGCGCUCUUCGAGCCUGGCCACUUUCCCGACAACCUCGGCCCCGAAAAUGCGCCAGAUAAUUCGAUUCUGAGUCAGUUGGGUCACUGA